UACUACAGUUAUACUGCCAACUUUCCGUAUUAUCCGCAGUCGUACGCAACAUCUGGAUUAGUCUGCAUGUAGCUUUCACAAAAUUUACACACAAUUUUUUACUGAAGUUUAUACAUAAUUUGCACAUACUUUAACACAAUCUUAUACAAUUUAGAUGCAGCUUCUUGCGCAAAAAAUUUUUGUACAAAAUUUGUAAAAUUUCAUAAUUUAAUCUGAGUAUUAUACAGAGAAAUUUCGUGCGGUUCUCGCAAAAAUGGCGGUGUUAACCGAAAGUGCCUUUUUGGAUACGCUCGUGAUAUUUUCGUCUCUGUUCGCGACCCUUUAUAUAUGGAUGAAAUGGAAACACACCUAUUGGCAGAGACGUGGUGUGCCUACGUUGCCUGCACAUUGGUUCUUCGGUCACUUCAAAGAUGCCUGCUUGCAGCGCAAGCCAGCGGGAAAGGUUCUCGGUGAUCUGUAUCAGCAAGCUAAGGAUAAAGAUGUCCUAGGGAUCUAUAUCUUACACAAGCCAUUUCUGAUUCUAAAGAAUCCGGAAUUGAUAAAGCAGAUAAUGAUCCGAGACUUUAAUGUGUUUCCGAAUCAUCACUUCAGGGGGGCAACCACUUCCGACACGGUUGGCAAAUGGACUCUGUUCACUAUACACAAUCCUGAAUGGAAGUACCUAAGGAUGAAAAUGUCACCAGUAUUCACGAGCGGCAAAUUGAAAAGUCUUUUCCUGUUGAUGCAAGAAUCCGGGGAAAAGAUGAGAGAUCACUUGCACGAUCUGGCUGAAGACAAAUUCAAAACCGUGCCGAUAACUGUAAAGGAUAUAUUCUAUAAAUACACUACUGAUGUGAUAUCCUCCGUGGCGUUUGGGAUUCGGUUGAAUUGUUUCGACACACCGUCGCCAGAAUUUUAUGAGAACUCACGUAAGGCUGUCCUGGCCACUUUUCUAAGGACUGUCCAGUUCUUCUUUCUAUUCUUCUUGCCAAAUAUCGGACAGCAUCUAGGCGGUUCGAUACUUGGCAAGUACACGAAUUACUUCCGCAAAGUGUUCUGGGACUCUAUGGAUAAUAGAAGUAUCACGAAGACAAAACGGGGAGAUCUAAUUGAUUCUCUUUUGCAAAUAAAAAACGAGAAACCAGAUAAUUCUAAUAUUAAAUAUGAGGGAGACGUUCUUUUCGCACAAGCGGCAAUCUUCUUCGUGGCCGGUCGCGAAACCAGCAUCACUACUAUGACCUGUGCUCUUUUUGAGUUAGCCAAGCAACCGGAAAUGCAGAAACAUCUGAGGGAGGAGAUUCUUAAAGCAAUUGAGGAUGCGAAUGGUGUAACGUACGAAGCGGUCCAAAAUAUGAAGUAUCUGCAUCAAGUGAUAAAUGAAACAUUGAGGCUUCAUCCGCCCGCACCAAUCAUCGAUAGGGUUCCUGUCAGCAAUUACACAUUCCCCGGCACGAAGAUAACUAUCGAAAAAGACACACCAGUAUAUGUCGUGCUACACGGUCUUCAAUCUGAUCCAACUCACUGGAAGGAUCCUACGCGUUUCGAUCCUGAACGAUUCAGUGACGAGAAGAAAAAUGAGAUUGCAUCCUGUACCUUCAUGCCUUUCGGAGAGGGUCCGCGGAAUUGCAUAGGUAUGCGGCUGGGAACUUUGCAAACUGCUGUGGGAUUGAUAGCGGUCCUAAGAGAUUACGAGGUUUCGUUGAAUCCCUCAUGGAAGACUCCCAUCGAUCCUCGAAAUGUAUUCACCUCGCCACCACCAAAAUUCCUGCUGAACUUCAAGAAAAUAUUUGCACGCCGCAUCUGGAGUAGUCGGCACGCGGCUUUCAUAAAAGGAGUUUUGCAGAAAAUUUUGUGUGGUUUGCGCAAAAUGGCGAUGAUAACUGAAUAUGUCUUUUUGGAUACACUUUUGAUAUUUUUGUCGCUAUUUGCAACCCUUUACCUAUGGAUGAAAUGGAAACAUACCUACUGGCAGAGACGUGGCAUAUCUACGUUGCCUGCAGCACAUUGGUUCUUCGGUCACUUUAAGGAUGCGAUUCUGAUGCGUAAAUCGGCAGCAGUGGUUUUUGGUGAAAUGUAUCAGCAAGCUACGGAUAAAGAUGCCGUGGGGAUCUACAUCCUACACAAGCCAUUCUUGAUUCUAAAGAAUCCGGAACUGAUAAAGCAGAUAAUGAUCCGGGACUUUAAUGUUUUUCCAAAUCAUCAUUUCAGGGCAAGAAACAACUCCGACAAGGUCGGCAAAUGGACUUUGUUCACCGUACUUAAUCCUGAAUGGAAGCAUCUGAGGAUGAAAAUGUCACCGGUAUUCACAAGUGGCAAAUUGAAAAAUCUUUUCCUGCUGAUGCAAGAAUCCGGAGAAAAUAUGAGAAAUCAUUUGCACGAUCUGAUUGGAGACAAAUCCAAAACCGUGCCGAUACCUAUAAAGGAUAUAUUCUAUAAAUACACUACCGAUGUGAUAUCCUCCAUGGCGUUUGGGAUUCAAAUAAAUUGCUUCGACACCCCGCCGUCAGAAUUUUAUAAGAACUCAUGUAAAGCUGUCCAGAUGACCUUAUCAAGGUCUUUACAGACCUUCUUUUUAUUCUUCUUGCCAAAUAUUGGAAAGCAUCUAGGCGGUGCAUUGCUUGGCAACUACACGGAUUACUUCCGCAAAGUCUUUUGGAACUCUAUGGACAAUAGAAGCAUCACGAAAACAAAACGGGGAGAUCUAAUCGAUUCUCUUUUGCAAUUAAAAAACGAGAAGCCAGAUAAUACUAAUAUUAAAUACGAGGGAGACGUUCUUUUCGCACAAGCGGCAAUCUUCUUCGUGGCUGGUCGCGAAACUACUAUAGCGACUAUGACUUGUGCUCUCUUCGAGUUGGCCAAGCAACCAGAAAUGCAGAAACGCUUGAGAGAGGAGAUCCUUAAAGAAAUUCAGGAUGCGAAUGGUGUAAUGUACGAAGCUAUCCAAAAUAUGAAGUAUCUGCAUCAAGUAAUAAAUGAAACACUAAGGAUUUAUCCACCCACGCCAGUUCUCGAUAGAACUCCUAUCAGAGAUUACACAUUCCCCGGCAUGAAGAUAACUGUUGAAAAGGAGACACCGGUAUAUGUCGCAUUACACGGUAUUCAUUCUGACCCAACUUACUGGAAGGAUCCUAUGCGUUUCGAUCCUGAACGUUUUAGUGACGAGAGGAAGAAUGAGAUUGUUUCCUGUACAUUCCUGCCUUUCGGAGAGGGUCCGCGGAAUUGCAUAGGUAUGCGGCUGGGAACUUUGCAAACCGCCAUGGGAUUAUUAACAAUUUUACGGGAUUACGAGGUUGCGUUAAAUCCCUCAUGGAAGAACCCCGUCGAUCAUCGAAGUGUAUUCAACCAGCCACCAACAGGAUUCCUGUUUAAUUUCAAGAAAAUAUAAUGUAUUAGUAAUACGCAGUUUUAGAUAUGUCAUUAUAACUUUUAACAUUAUGAUUUUAUCAUUUUAAAAUGUGCAUAAAAAAUAUUUCAAUUGAUAAAUAUAUAACUAUAGGAGAAUAAGCCAUAAUAUAUGUUAAUGGAUGACUCUCCUAUAGUGAAAGUGUAA